GCGACGGCUGGGGGCUCCCGGCGCGGGGGACGCUGGUGGCCAAGAUGGCGGCGGAGCUGGUGGAGGCCAAAAACAUGGUGAUGAGUUUCCGAGUCUCGGAUCUUCAGAUGCUCCUGGGUUUUGUCGGCCGGAGUAAGAGCGGACUUAAACACGAACUUGUCACCCGGGCCCUCCAGCUGGUCCAGUUUGACUGUAGCCCUGAGCUAUUUAAGAAGAUCAAGGAGCUGUACGAGACACGCUACGCCAAGAAGAGCUCAGAGCCUGUCCCCCAGCCCCACCGGCCCCUGGACCCUCUGACCAUGCACUCAACCUACGACCGGGCUGGCACAGUGCCCAGGACUCCCCUCUCGGGCCCCAACAUUGACUACCCCGUGUUGUACGGGAAGUACUUGAAUGGACUUGGACGCUUGCCUGCCAAGACCCUCAAGCCAGAAGUGCGUCUGGUGAAGCUGCCCUUCUUUAACAUGCUGGACGAGUUGCUGAAGCCCACAGAGCUGGUUCCACAGAAUAACGAGAAGCUUCAGGAGAGCCCAUGCAUCUUUGCGUUGACGCCAAGGCAAGUGGAGCUGAUCCGGAACUCCAGAGAACUGCAGCCCGGGAUCAAGGCCGUGCAGGUCGUCCUCAGAAUUUGCUACUCAGACACCAGCGGCCCUCAGGAGGACCAGUACCCACCCAACAUCGCCGUGAAGGUCAACCACAGCUACUGCUCGGUCCCGGGCUACUACCCCUCCAAUAAGCCUGGAGUGGAACCCAAGAGGCCCUGCCGCCCCAUCAACCUCACCCACCUCAUGUACCUGUCCUCGGCCACCAACCGCAUCACCGUGACCUGGGGGAACUACGGCAAGAGUUACUCCGUGGCCUUGUACUUGGUGCGGCAACUGACCUCUUCGGAACUGCUGCAGAGGUUGAAAACCAUUGGGGUCAAGCAUCCAGAGCUGUGCAAGGCACUGGUCAAAGAGAAGCUGCGUCUGGACCCCGACAGCGAGAUCGCCACCACCGGCGUGCGGGUCUCCCUCAUCUGCCCGCUGGUGAAGAUGCGGCUGUCGGUGCCCUGCCGGGCAGAGACCUGCGCCCACCUGCAGUGCUUCGACGCCGUCUUCUACCUCCAGAUGAACGAGAAGAAGCCCACCUGGAUGUGCCCCGUGUGCGACAAGCCGGCCCCCUACGACCAGCUCAUCAUCGACGGGCUCCUCUCCAAGAUCCUGAGCGAGUGCGAGGAUGCUGACGAGAUCGAGUACCUGGUGGACGGCUCGUGGUGCCCGAUCCGCGCCGAAAAGGAGCGUAGCUGCAGCCCGCAGUGCCCCAUCCUCGUGCUCGGCACCUCGGACGCCAACGGGCUCCUGUCCGCCCCCAACGUCAACGGCGGCGGCGGCGGCGGCGGCGGCGGCGGCGGCGGUGGGGGCGGCGGCGGCGGCGGCGGCGCGCUUGGGGGCGCCGGGGGCGGGGCCGGGGCGGCGGGCGGUGUUGAGAACGGGAAGCCGGGAGCCGACGUGGUGGACCUGACGCUGGACAGCUCGUCGUCCUCGGAGGAGGAGGAGGAGGACGACGACGACGAGGAGGAGGACGAGGAGGGCCCGCGGCCCAAGCGGCGCUGUCCCUUCCAGAAGGGCCUGGUGUCGGCCUGCUGACUGCUCGCCGCCGCCGCCGCUGCCGCCGCCGCCGCCGGCUGGACCCUCGACUUUCCUGGUGCUCACCCACGCGGAUGGGGCGCAGGCGGGCCUCGGGGUGCAGAGGGAGGAGUGAUUUUUUUCUUUUUAUUGUUGUUCAUUUCGUUUCUCCACCCCUUUCCCUGGCUCCUGGCACCUGUACCUCGGGACUCUCCUCUCGGAGAAUUAAAAAAAAGUAAAAUGACAAAAGUACAAAAAAAAAAAAAGGAAAAUGAAACAAA